AUGAGAAAAUGGAUCCAUGUUCAUCUCGAGAUUGUAUCAAUGCAGCUGCAAGUUUAAUUAAUCAAAUUGAUGAAUCAGUUUCACCUUGUGAUGAUUUUUACAAAUUUGCCUGCGGCGGAUUGGACAAUGAGAAAGUUUUUAUACCCGAUGACCGGGCAGAGACUUGGAGUGCAAUGAAUGCUGAUUAUGAAUUAACUGCUCAACUUAAAAGACUUCUUGAUAAUCUCAACGAUAGUGAACCAACAACCGAUAACUUUCUGACCAAUAUGAAACAUUAUUAUAAUCUUUGUAUGGACACAGUUACCAUUGAAAGCCUUCAACAUGAUCAUUUAUUGGAAGUCUUGAAACAAAUCGGUAAAUGGCCUGUUCUAAGUGGACCUGAUUGGGUCGAAAGUGAAUUUGAUAUGAAUGAUACUCUAGUGAAAUCAAGUCGAUAUGGUUUCGAUACUGCAUUUUUUGCUCGGACAUCGAUUGACCAGACACUUGCAAUUCCACCUACAAUGUAUUUAAAAAUCGGCGAUUGUAGUACUUACCUGGAAGCGACUUACUAUGUAAACAAUACUCGAAAUGAGAGAUUUCUAUCCGCUUAUCUAAAUUUCAUGAUCCAAAUUGUUACUAUUCUGGGCGCUGACCCUACUAUCGCCGGCGAGGAUAUGGCCAAAGUUCUUAAACUGGAAACGGAACUUUCAUCGGCUCGAACUGUACAUGGAGAAAUAACUCAUGUUCAAAUAAUGACAGUUGAAUCGCUACAAAAUCGAGUUCCAAUAUUUGAUUGGUUACGUUAUUUGCGACAAAUUGUUUGCAAUGAUGAUCUGAUUGACAAUGAGACGCGAGUAAUUGUGGAAAGUGAAUCUUACCUUAAAGAAAUGGAGAGAAUCCUGAUAGAAACUGAUGACAGAAUUAUAGCUAAUUAUAUCUUUUGGAGAUUGUUUACAUCGGUGACUAAUACACUUAACGAACGAUUUUUGCUAAUUACACGAAACUUUUAUCGAAUGAUCGAUGGACGUCGAUUACGACGAUAUCGCCCAGACUUUUGCGCUUCGAUUGUCUCGAACAUGUUCAAAUAUGGAUCAUCAUAUUUGUACCUUUCAUACAAUUUGGAGGCAAAACGAAAGCUCGUUAACUUUACAGAAAUAAUUGUUAAUUAUACUCGAUUAUCAUUCAAUUCGUUGAUUAAAUCAUCAACUUGGAUUGAUCCACAAACGCUUGAAGGAUUAAUAAGAAAAUCAAAUCAAAUGAGAUUCUCCAUUGGAUUUGCCGAGGAAUCAACUAAUUAUACAAUAAUCAAUUCAUACUACCAAUGGCUUCCAAAUAAAACUGAUUUGACAUUCACUUUGAUGACAUUACAUUUAAAGUUUUGGCAUCGGCAAAAUACUUAUCAACUAUUGAGUAUUCAAUCAAUUCCUAUAUGGCAAUCAUUUGGCAGUUCAAUGACAAUCAAUGCUUAUUAUGCUCAUACAAAAAACAUGGUUCACUUGACUAUGGGCAUACUCGAUGCCCUUGGACUUAAUCAAAAUCAACCAAUGUAUUUUAAUUUUGGCUCAAUUUCUUGGAUUGUUGGCCAUGAAAUAAGUCACAGUGUUGACCCUCUUGGUAAACUUUUCAAUGAACAGGGUCAUUACUCUGAUUGGUGGUCAAAUGUUACAACAAUUAAUUAUAAUGAGAAAGUUGAAUGUUUCGUUAAUCAGUUUAAUCGAUAUAUAGUUAAUCCGAUCAAUCUAACGGUCGAUGGGUGGAAAACUUUGUCCGAAAAUGUAGCCGAUAAUGUUGGAUUAAGAGUUGGAUUUAUGGCUCACAAAUUAUAUACUCGGAAAAAUGGACCAGAACCCGGACUACCUGGUCUAACACACUACACACCCGAUCAGUUGUUUUUCAUCAGAUCUGCUCGAUUUUAUUGUGGUAAAUGGUCAAAAGAAGCUGUAGCUGAUUACUUUAGGACUGAUGUUCAUAGUCCGUCACAAUUAAGAGCGAUUGGUUCAGUUUCCAAUUUAAAUGAAUUCUCAGAGACGUUUAAUUGUAAACCAGGAAGUUCAAUGAAUCCAGUUAAUAAAUGCACAUUAUGGUGAAUCUUAAUUGUUAACAAUUAGCUCGAUGA